AUGGGGGAGCCAAAACCGACGGCCGAUGAUGAUAUUUGGGACAAAUCUAUACCGGAUGUGCCCGUAGGUCCUGGUGGGAAGGAUCCUAGAAUUAUACUACCCUUAAUCUUGAACUUUCUACUCGACGAAGACGUUUACAAACAUCCACAAUGGGAUCGUCGGCUUGAGGAGGUUAUCAAAUAUCUCGAUGAAGCCGACCAGGCCCGUUAUCGAGGCGAUCUCGGCUACGAUGACUCUUACACGCGCGCGGCGUUGGACGACGCGCUCAUCAUAGUCGACGUGCAUAAGAGGUAUCAGAAAUGGAAAUCCGGUCCAACUCGCUGGACGUCAGAAAUCAUACCUAGCCAGCGUGUUACUGGACGUCUUCCGAAUUUUCCCGGUCAAUCUCUUGUACAGCCUGCUCCCGAGAGAAUGCGAAACAAACACAUGCGCUACGAUGAAUUGCGCGAGAUUCAAAUCGACGGUAUAUUCCCUGAGUUGUCUGCGAGGGGAGUUAGAGCGGUCGAGUACUAUCAGAGUGCUGAGGAGCUUUACUUCGAAAAUUGCCUUAAACCCGGUACCUACGACCCGCGUAUUUUUAACGGGUUUAGAUACGAAAAUGAGAUGUAUGAACACUGCAUUAGGAGUGGAGUGGAGGAAACUUGUAGACUGAUUCCACCUCGACUUGCCGACGAAAUUCCUACUGUGUUUGAUGAUGAUCAGCAGAAAUCCAAAGAUGAGCUCACCGAGGCUGAAAGAAUGGAAACCCUGAGAGAAUUCUAUGAUGCGCGAGGUUGGCAGCGGGCCGCGCUUCAGCAAUGCCUAAACAUGUUCACCAACUACGAGAACAGAAUUCUCAAUACCCCAUGGCGCCGAGUAGUUCUGCCAUACGAACAGCCUAACUCGGAUUUGAAGGAGAUAGUUUACCAGCCCCGGGCACUUCCUCCAGAGAAGGUCCAUAAGAGUCUCAAGGAGCCGUAUCCUUGGGUAUACUGGUAUAACCAAUAUCAUGAGCUUAUCCAGGUUCUAGCUGGCUGGCAGCGCCGUCGCUAUAACUUAGAAAACUGGGAGGAUUUCCAAAGAGCUGCACUUCCCGCCAAUUUCCAAGGUCCUUAUGUCAAUAAAGGCCUUUCGGUAUAUAACGACCACUGGCUUAGGAUGGGCGCAUAUCUAAAACGGCUACGUAAACAUCUAGAGGACAUCUUCGGCAUAGCUCCCCGACCUUUCUUGCUGGCUAUCCUAAGGGAUAUCCAAGCUGGGAUAGAAUGGCGCCCUAACCAGACGGGAGAUGCCACUCAAUGGAACCCCGACGAGGCAGAAACCCGUAGACAAGCCCGUCCAGAUAUUAUGAGAAGGGAAAAGAUCGAUUGGGCUGAGUUAGAUCCCUCUCUAAACUCACCUCCGACUAUCUUGCUGCUUGACGAAUCUGACGCGGCCUGGUUGAGAUAUCUCUGCCAGCCCUCCCGCACAGAGGAAAUGUGCGACCCCAAGCUACAACCGGAGGAUAACCUUACUAUCCUUUUCGACCAGCGCCUCCAGGAUUUCCUCAACAACCCAGGCGCAUCUAACAGCCCGGGGAUAGCUGGGAUAGAUAUUUUCGAACCGGAUGUAAAGCAGUGGAAAGAGAAGCAAAAUAAGACUAGACCAACCCUAGAUGAGGCACUCGCAUACAUUAACGGUGGUGGAGGCGCCGGGAAGUCUCAUGCAAACGAGACCUAUCAGUUUACGCGUGGGGAAGCCAUGGACCAGUUGAAAAUACUUAGUAACCUAGGUCGAGUCAAGUACAUACAGACGAAGGACCCAAGCAAGCCCCAGGAAGAGUGGGAUACAUAUAUCGUACGACCGAAAUACGUAGUACAUCCCGAGAAUCGUGUCUACUGGCGCCAUAAAGAUCAAGGGUCAUUCCUCUCCAACCAGACUUUGUAUCGAAAAGCAAUAGUCGAGCAUUUAGAAAACAAAUAUGGGCUUGGUGGCCCAAAAACUCCUAUUGCAAGAGAUGAGUUUAAACACAUCCUUGACCAUCUUGGAGACGACACGUUGCCCGACAAGUUGGCAGAAAGUACAACCGAUCAACCUAAAGGCGCCAAUGAAGAUGCCGAGGAUUACUACGAGGAUAUGGACGAUGAGUCAGUAGUUGAACUUAGUAGUCACGAAUUAUUAGAGCAGCGAAUCCAACCCGAGAUUGGUUGGGUUCGGGGCUCGUAUCCUGAGGGGGGACUGGAAGAGAGACGCAACGCGCCUAGCUGGUCCGACCUAGUUCCUUGGGAGAUAUUAGGAAAGCUAUCAGCUGGGAGAAUCACCGAUGAUAUGCGUGAGCAAAUCCGCGAGGAAGCCUAUAGACACCGUCGUCUUCCGCCCCCGGAAAGGACUGUCCAGUUCUUUCGAAACCUCGCCUAUCGAAUGGGACGUACAAUAGCGCACGUCGAGGAAAUUGAACGCAGACUCCAGUACUCAGUGUAUGAUAGUGCGUCCGGAACCCCAAAAACGCAACAGUGGAAUGCAAUUUCUACGGAGGCCUUCAAACAGGCUUACGAACAUUGGCACCUUUCUAUUGAGAACGGCGUAGGACCAAUAGAGUUCCUACCGCCAACUACGCAGGAUGUUGUCAACAAAGUAGACCCCGACGGGCUUCUGCGACGUGAGUUCAUGGAUUACAAUCCGGAAGACAUCAUUCGAGAAGGCAUCAUUAGAAACUGCGUCGAGAAUCGCAACACAAUGUACCCCGGCCGUAUUGAGGCUCUUGAGGAUUCGUCAGGUUAUUACAUCAAUGACAGCAAAUUCAAACCAAACAAAAUACUCAGCGGCUAUAAACGGCCAAGUCUAUUCAAAUGGGCUACAGAAGCGCAGAGGCGGUAUCAAGCCCCGUAUACUCGCGGGGCCUUCUUCCACAUGUUGCGUUGGCCAGUAUACCACCAGAAUAGGCGUCUACAGGAACUCAUCAAGCAACGACGAGAUGAAGUGUCAAGAGUAGAACCAAGCCUUCCGGAUCAGAACUAUGGCAUACUAAUGCCUAGGUUUCCCGAAAGAGUAGUAGACCGACGAGCGGAGGGAUCCACAUGGUAUCCCUGGCCAGACAAUCGUUGGAUUUUCAGUCCGAGAACAAAGCCAACGACUUCGGAAAAUGGUACAAAGGCUCAUGGGGGGACAAAGAACCCAGAACGGACAGAGGUCUCAGAACAGACAAAGGCCCCUGGCAACACAAAGCAUUCCUCAAGUACAAAGCCCUCGAACGAGACAUCUACUCAAGUAACCCCUCAAGAGGACCCCCGAGAAGUUCCUCAAGUUAACCCUCAAGUUAACCCCCAAGAGAUUCCUCAAGAGAUUCCUCAAGAUACUAAAGAUAUUCCUCAAGAGAAUAAUCAAAACCCGCCACAGGGGUACCCACAAUAUAUUCCUCAACCAUCUGUUGAAGAGAUACCUGAAGAGAUCCCCGAAGAGAUUCCUCAACAGACAACUAAGCAACCACAACCCAUCAUUGAUACUGACGACUCUGAUAACAUGACGGUGGUAAAGAAAGUACCAUUAAAAAUGCCGAAGGGCAAGAAGCAUCGGCAGCAGCUGAUACCGAUCACCAAGCCGGAGGAACGCUUCAUGCCAGGUCCCGCCAUCUUUCCUAUGGCUGAGACCCUUCUACAAUCUGUUGUCCUCAGUCGUAAACUUGAAGGCGUGCUUUACCCCCAGCCUAAACUUAACGUAUGGGGGAAGAUACGCAAGGCCUACAAGGCCAUGACAGAUGUCGAAGCGCCUCUAGUCCCCUUGCUGCCACCGACCAGCGAUUCGGACAUCCCUCGCAGCACCUCCAAGAAGCGCAAGAUCCCGGCUGACUUUAUCCUGCCUCCUACAAAGGUUACUAAGAAGCUGAACACUGGAGGCAAAGAUGGUCAAGGCACUGUUCCGACCCCGAAGCCCAUGCCCACGCCCGCAGAUCCAACACCGACGCCUAGGCCUAGGCCUGUCCCUCGUCCCAAGGGCAAGACUGUGCCGGACCCCCCGGAACCUACUCCAAGACCGUAUAAGAUACCUCCUCCUAUUCGGAGUUGGCCCGUUGAAGAUGAAGAUGAGCCUGAGCCUGAGCCUGAGCCCCAGCCUCAGCCUCAGCCUACUCCUGCUCCCGGGCCUGCUCCUAGGCCUCGAAUCCGGCCUGUACCCCAGCCUCGGCCUGUGCCUCAGCCUAGUCCUGCACCCCAGCCUACCCCUGGGCCUCGAGUCUGGCCUGCACCUCAGCCUGCUCCUGCACCCCAGCCUGCUCCUGUGCCCCAGCCUCAGCCUACACCGCGGCCUCAGCCUGUCCCUCAGCCCCAACCUGGUCCUCGGGUUCAGCCGGUUCCUCGCCCCCAGCCUGGACCUCCGGUUCCACCUGGACCUCGACCAGGACCAGCAGUUGAUCCCAAGUCGCUAUUUGGCCAAACCCCGAGUCCGAAACCACAGCCCCAGCCCCGCGUGGAUCCGGUUAAAAACUUGUUUGGCCAGAAGAACACCCCGGUUGACCAGCCCGGUACCAAGACAUACCGCGAUUGGCUCAAGGAAGGCUCCGACAAGCCAGCGGACUCCACGCCGGAAGGCCCCGGUUCCUGGAAGUACACGCCCCUCCCUGGCCUUGACAACCAUCUGAAAGCCGAAGAGAAGGCCAAGACCGGCCGCGUCGUCGACCCGCCGCGCCCGCCACAUCCCACACUUGACACGCAAGACGCAGCAGAGAACCCGCACGCAGACCAACAGGCCCUAGAGCGUGCCUUCCCGUUCGGCUGGGCUCCUCUAGGCCCUACCUUCGGGCUGGACGGCGCCCUGCAGGCCAUAUCCUUCAGCAUGCGCCUGCAGGACCAGGAGGCUCUCUGGCUGCCCGCGACGUCGGCCCUGCGCGCCGCGUUCGACAACCCCGACUGCUUCGUCGGCACGAGCAGGAUCGUCGAGGACCACAACCACUACGGCGUCACCAUCCUGCAGGCCGAGGCCGCCCUGCAGCACUACGUCCGCGAGGACGGGCCCAACCCGCACCACGUCCAGCUGUGCUGCAUCAUCCGCAUGCCCCCCGGCCGCGAGUACUACACCCACCUGGUGCCCGCCCCCAAGUUCACCGGCUCCACCACCCCGCGCCAGGUCUGGAUCUACUGCACCGGUGCUAACGAGUUCGCGCCUGUGUUCCCCGCCGCGCCGCGCAAGCAGAGCUAA